AUGCCGAACGUUCCACUUUGUGUGAGUGCAUCUCGUGCAGCUAUUUUGCUUUUACAUCAACACCCAAGCCAACAUCCUUUUACAAUCCACUUGCUCUAUCAGGUUUCUUGGAGCGUUGACAUACUCUUUGUCAGCAUCCUCCAGAAUAGGCUCAGCCCGCAGGUUUACAAAGAUUUGGAGCUUCUAGAGACCGUGGUUCACUUUUUUGAGACUUACGAUCCCCAACACGAGACUGUGCCAUUGUAUCAUGUCGUCAAGAGCCUAGCAUCAGUGGCAUCCUCAGUUCUACAAAGUUCUCGAAACUCGCCAGCGAUACUACCAGAAAUGCCGUUACAAGAGGAAGUGCCGCAGCAAAUGUCGCGAGAAGAGAGUGGUUUUCUUGCAGGAGACACCUCUUUGGUAUUUGAGAAACCUUGUCUUGCGGGUGCCAAUCCAAACUUGCAGAGCGCUACCCCUACCCUCAACACUUGGGGUCUUCCAAUCGACUACAAUCCAGAACUUUGGCACUUUGAGUAUUUGGAAGAUGAGUACUUCACGGAUGGAAAAUUAGGCACACUUUAA